GUACGCUUCAAAAUUAACUUCAGUUUGCUAAAACCAUAAAUGGAAAGCACCCCCACAUUAACUUAUCCAAUCAGACUUUAACUGGCAAUGGAGAAAGAUGCCUGGGAAAAAGGUGUCAGUUGUCUUAUGCCAUACCCAGUUCUCAAAGGUCUCGGGGUGCUGUUUGUGAUUGUGCCGUGAAGAGGUUUGGUGUAAAUCAAUAACUCUGUCUAUUGACUAGGAUUAUUCCAGAAGCUUGUUAAAAUGCCAUCGAAGAAAUCGGAUAAACCAAUUAUAACGGACAAUAGGGAUGGCACAGUUAGUAUUAAGUACGAUCCUAAAGUAGAAGGUGUUCACGAACUCCACAUCAAGUAUAAUCACGAACAUGUACAAGGAAGUCCUUAUAAAUUUCACAUCGACAAUAUUUCUUCCGGUUACGUCACCGCUUGUGGCGAAGGCCUGGCACGUGGUAAUGCUGGAGAUCCCUGUAAUUUUAUCGUUUAUACAAGAGGGGGUACCAAUUUAUCGGUUUACGUCGAUGGACCUACAAAAUCAGAGGUUAAUUGUCACGAUAAUAAAGACGGAAGCGUCAGCGUGUCUUACAUACCUCCGGCUCCAGGAGAAUAUAAAGUAUCUGUGAAAUUUGAUGGAAAACAUAUCAAGGACAGUCCGUUCACAGUUAAAAUUGCAGGUGAAGGACGAAAACGAAGUCAAGUAUCCGUUAUGCAUUCCAGUGAAGUGUCGAUUAAUUGUACCGAAAAAGAUUUAAAGACUUUAAAUGCGAGUAUUGUCGCACCUUCGGGAUUGGAAGAACCUUGUUUUUUAAAAAGAAUGAAAGAUGGAUUAGUUGGUGAGUGCAUUUAUUCAUUUGCUUUUCACUAAUAUUUUAAAUCAAUUUAACUAAAUAUGAC